AUGCCCAAAAGCGGUGAUCAUGCUACCUCAAAUCAAUGGAUAGACCAGUACCACCCCAACACGUCUCGUGAACUAAGCAUUAAUCCCCAGAAACUCACACAGGUUCGGAAGUCGCUAGAAGGCAUGCUCAGUGGAACAACACAGACUCGUCUAUUGAUCUUGACGGGUCCAGCUGGAAGCUCAAAAUCGACUACGGUGAAAGUGCUAGCGGAUGAGUUGGUUCCUAAGUAUAGAAACGCAUCUGGAACUUAUGGACUCAGCAUAGCACAAGACGAAAACUGCUGGAUAGAAUACUUGGAUAACAAUAGUGUGAUGGGUACCCAUCAGUCCGACCAGUUUGAGGAGUUCUUGAACGAUUCCAAGUACAAGGUGGGCAACAACUUGGGUGUGUUAGUAAUAGAGGAUUUACCCAACAUCUUCCACGAACAGACCCUCCUUAACUUCAGAAACGCUAUACGACAAUGGUUGCAUACUGAAGAUACGCGCUUACCUCCACUAGUAUUGUGCUUGACUGAGAUUGAAUACAACGGAGGAGAGGCAAAGCAGUACUCCUACAAUGUAGAAAAUAGCUUAUCGGCAGAUACUCUACUUGGAAAAGCAUUGCUUGGUCACCCUUGUGUUGAAAACAUCAAAUUCAAUGCUAUUGCUAACAAAUUUAUCAGGAAGACCAUUAGUGAGGUUAUCCGCAAGGAGCGAGAAGUAUUUCGAAUGAUACCCCAAGGUACGCUCAACUCCUUCUUGGACGAUAUUGUCAAGAUUGGUGAUAUCAGAUCAGCCCUAUUCAAUCUACAAAUGUGGAAACAAGAACUCUUGGACCCUUCCAAAAUGCUUGGACUCUCUUACCAGCGAGAAAAUCAAGUGAAUUUGUUCCAUGCCAUUGGAAAGGUGAUCUACUCGAGUUCAGAAUUCGAGAAGCUCGGCGACGAGGAGUCCGAUUACUAUUCGAUUGAAAAAGUGUUGAGUACAUUCAACAGCAACAACUUCUCCUUAUUGAACCUUUCGAUAUUGGAGAACUACCACAUUUACAAAGACUCCAAUUACUCGUUGCAAGUUGCUAGCAAUAUUGUCAAUGACUUAAGUAUCGGUGAUACUAUGUCCACUUUUGAAGCAGCCCGAGAUAUCGGGAUCAGAUCUACAAGAAACCAUUUAAGAAAAGCCCAACCUUUGACUCCGACCGGAGGUUCAAAAAGUUACACGCAAAAGCAAAAGAUCAAGUUUCCUAGACAGUUCAAAAUGAUCAGACAGUACAACAAAACAUACAAGCAAGUACGGAGUUACCAAAGAUAUAUUGAUCAGCGAAGUUCCUUCGACGACUUGAAUUUGAUCGACGGGUAUUAUCUUCCAAUAAUUUAUAAUAAGAAGUACAAGAAACGCUACACAUACAACCGGUUGGGUGGUCGAUUCCUAGAGGUAUAUGCAGACGAGUCGUUGCCAGUGGUAGAAGAAGGGGAAGGGGAGGAAAAUGUGGUAUCAACCAGCUAUGAUCUUGAUCAAUUCCAAGUUGACAUCAUGAAAAAGGCAUCGGGGGAAAACGAUGCGGACGAAGAUUACGAGGAUGGAGAAUUAAGCGACCCCAUUGACGAGAGUGACGAAGAGUUGGACUCGGAUGAUGGGUUUCUGUCUGAUCCGGAAUUGGACGUUUUGAUUUCGCAAGGAAGAGUGUAA